CGAUAUGUUAAUGAAAAACUAGUAAUAAAUAGAACUUUUGCAACAUUGAGUCCGAUACAUAUCAUAUCUUUAUCGCGAAUAUAGCUAGCUACCAUAAAACAUUACUCGAAAUACUGGUACCAAUUACACAAACAAUCUUUCGGUGAAAAGCUUUGUAAAUUUAAACCGGAAAUUGAUUAGUUUUGUACCUAGCUCAGGAAUAAACCCAAUGACUCCAGACCUAAAAACCUCAUAUUGCUAGAUAAUUGAAACAAUCAUUUCUCGCGUUCAAAUAUGAAAGUCAAUCAGGAUUAAUUCAUACACUGUUUUUGUCUCUUGAUGAUAUGCCUCAGUGCAGUUUUACCUUUCAAUAGACGGUUCCACCUCACCAAGGGACGAUGAUGUUGCGGGGACGGCUGACGAUAAUCCUCUACUGUAUACUGACGGCUUACAUUGAUAUUGUGGAGGGCCAGCUAGGACCACAACUACCACUAUCACCUCCCCCUAUCUAUUCCAAGGAACUAGAGACACAGCUUCGGAACUAUUUAUUUAAAGACUACAAUGUAUUACAACGUCCUAAUGAGAGAGUGUAUAUCAAUGUUUCACUCAGUAUACUUACUAUCAACGAUAUGAGUAUCAAAGACCAAACGUUAUCGAUGACCGGAUAUCUUUCACUUGGUUGGCUGGACGAACGCUUGGCGUGGGAUUCUCAAACAACAACGUAUUCAAGCAUCAAAUUUUUGUUCAGCACAGAGACGUAUGUCUGGCGCCCUGCACUCCUAAUUGACAACGCGGUACAUGGUAUAUCCGUCAUCAGUGACGUGAACACCCCAAUGAGGAUACAAGACAAUGGAAUAAUUACCUGGUCACCGGCCGAUAUUUACACUGUGUCGUGUGUGUCUGACAUUAUGUAUUACCCACUGGACAUACAAACCUGCUCUUUGUCCCUCACGUCAUGGGCAUACACAAGCAAUGAAAUCAGUCUCAAUUUUGAUAGCGAACCAGUUGAUCUCGCUACGUACAUACCAAAUGGAGAAUGGGAGUUAUUGUCUACUAGAGGUCUUACAUCAGGAAGUCGUUCAAAAGGUAACAACAGUUUUUCGAACGUCAAGUUUGCUAUCCAGCUGAGGCGACGCCCACUGUUUCACGUAUUGAAUACUCUGUUUCCUGUCGCAUUAAUGGCAGUGCUGAGCGCCAUGGUGUUCAAACUUCCAACGGAAUCCGGAGAGAAGAUUGGGUUUGCCCUGACCGUCCUCCUUGCGUAUGCUGUGUACCUGACUCUGAUUUCUGACAACAUCCCAAGUACUUCAGUAUCCGUUUGCUAUUUAUCUAUCUACCUCAGCCUUAUCCUGACAUAUGGAACGUUGUCCGUCUUGUGUACGAUCUUGGUCAUUAAUAUCCACUCACGGACGGACGAAGAGGAAAUACCGCCCAGGACGAGGCGUGUCACCAAAUCUAUCCUCAUGCCUCUGGCCUUCUGGAAAGGAAGCUGUAAACAAAGCAGUUGUUGUAAAAAGAAAGUAGAACCUAACGAUACCAGGACUAUCCACGUUUUGUCUGUUUCCAAAAUAAAUGUGAAUGUAGCUACACCUGCAACUGAAACGGAGCCGAUAGCACCGGGCUAUAAUGUAACCUCACGGGAAAGCAAUGCUGAUCCACUCACUUGGUAUAUCAUCUCCAAGGUCCUGGACGCGGUCUUCUUCAAUAUUUUCAUGUUGACCAUUGUCUUCACUUCCAUCGUAUUCUUCGCCAUUUUAGCGGGCGAGUACGCCAAUGUCUAGAUCUGCAACUUCCGAAUUUCAUGUAAGAAUGAAGAAACACUUUUUGGAAGGGGUACUGAUUUAGAUAAGAAAGGUAACGAGUAUUAUUGUAAAGAUUUAAACACAAAGCAGACAUCUUCUUCCGUUGUUUGAAGCUUUCAAACUAUUUCGUGAGUAUAAACUUUCGUUGUUAGCCCAGCAACAAUGAUAUACAAUAAUACAUGCAACAGUAUGUGUUGUAGUUAUAUUUGUGGGUCCAUAGAAACCAUAAAAACAAAAUUUAUACACAUACCGUGUUAUACAGUUUACCGAUGCAUGUAAUACAAAACUAUAUCCAAAUAGUAUGUAUACUUAUUUAAAGAAAUGUUCAAUGGUUUCGUAAAAAAAAUAAAUUAUAAUGAAUUGAAUAAUGUUUCGGAUAAUUAGGUAUGUCUACUUAAACCAAUUAAAUUCGUUUCGAAGUGUUUGCUUGGGUACAUCUUUAAUAAGUGGCACAAACAUUACAUUUUCAUUACAAAUAAAUGUACUUUCAACCGCACAUCUUAUAUAAUUCUUAUGCGUACAUCAUAGAAAGUAAUCGAUUUCUUCGAUUUUGCCCUUGAAAUAUAGUGAACAAAUCGUAAAAAUAACUUUGAAGGAUUUCAUUAAUCAUAUGGAUGGAAUAAGAUAUAUGUUGCUUAAAAAUGUCAAGGACAUAUUGACGAAGAUGUUGUGACUUAUAUCAUAUCUUUUUUGAUUCUCCAUCUGUUAAAUGUCAUGAACUGUCAGUAUACUGUGACAGUGUUCAGAUGUAUGGCAUUAACUUAUCUUAUUGCAAUACCAACCGGAGUUUGACCAGGAAAUAAUAACAUUUCCGGCUUUGUUUUUGUUUAUUCGUUACAUUACUAUAAAUGAUAUAUAGUUAUGUGGUUGGUGCUUUUGUCAGUCUUUCGUAUAUUUUACUUAUCCUAGGAUCAUAUUACAGAACCUUGGUAUUCCAGGUAUUACCGACUUAGACAAAGUUGUCUAACAGUUAGACGGUUUGAUUACUUGAACAUGUUUAUGACUAAGAGUAAAUAUACCUUCUUUGGUAAUGACUUGCCUGAUUAUAGUUAAGUGAAGACUAAAUGUGGACAAUCUGAUCAUUGGAAGAUGAAAACGAUGGAAUCAGAUUGUUGUUAACAAGAACUAGGACAGUGAGAAUAGAAAUAGCCUGAUUAACACGGAUUACUUGAAUAUUAAUCAAAUGGCAGCUUGAUCAACCAAGUUACACAGCUGAACUAGUGUUAAAUGCAGUAACGGAUCGGAAUAGUAAGACAGGCGAAAUAUUGAUGAUUUGGUUAGUAAGAAAUCAGAUAGAUCACUGUGGAGUGCAGUAGGAGACGGGAUUGUGAAACGACCCAUUCAUUGGGUGCAUUAAUGAGGCUGGAUUUCCAGAAAGUACGGCCAUUUGUGGUUCAGCAAUUUUUCAACCAGAUUAGUGUUGAGUGCAGUAACGAGUGGAUUGUGCAACAAAUCUGCUUUGUGGGAUUACCAGAUAACUUGUGGCUAUAUUACAUUUGUACAUUGCAUGUAUUUAUUGGAAAAAACUCCUUUAAUAUCUGAAAAUGUGUUAUGCUUUUUACUACAUGAAAUAUCGUGUGAGAUGCUUAUUAUAAAGGUUUCAAUAGCAUAUUUGCUUCCUCGUAAUAUUAAUGCAUUAAGGAGAAGUUUGUGUAAAUAUCCAUUCCUAUUUAUGACGGAGUCCCUACAGGGACAUUUGUAGUUACCACUUAUUUUGUCAUUAUGUUUUACCUUAUAUGUUAUUAUGUGAUAUGAAUUUUUAUUAAUACUUGCAUUAUAUCA